AUGACUUCGAAUUUCACUUCAAAUAUGGCUGAAAAAGGCCAAUUCGACCAUGAAAACUCUUCUAGAGCUAGAUUUUUCAUGUUACAGCCAAAGUGGAAACUAUUUUUAUGGAACUUAUUCCACAACGGUUUAGCGGUCAAAAGUGAGCUUCAACGCAGGGGGGUUCCCAUACAGGAUGUGUCCUGUGAUCAAUGCAGUACACAACAGGAAGAUUUCAACCAUCUGUUUCGAGAUUGCACUAUUGCAAGAACAGCUUGGAGGAGUGGUGCCUUGGGCAUCCAUUCAGAAUUACAUGGACACCUUUCUCUUUCAGAUUGGAUCCAAGACUAUAUCCGACUUUUCAUUAGUCAGGAUGGACUUUUCAGUCCCAGUAUUAGCACCUUUGUUGGUACUCUAUGGGGUCUUUUGUUAUUUAGAAAUAACAGGGUUUUCAAUCCUGACACUUCUGUCACAAGACCCUUUGAUCUGGAACUAGUGGAUAUUCUUCACUCUCAUACUAUCUAUAUGGACGUGGACACAGGGAGGGAGCUUUCUCUCUCUCCUGCUGAUCUCCCGGGUUUGCCCCCGCCUGGGUUUCAUGUAGCCCAUUUAGGGCACAACCACUCAAGCUCAUCAUUCUUAACGAUUCAGGUAGAUGGUUUUUGGUUCAAAGACACACAACAAGCAAGAAUGGGUUGGUGUCUCGACAAUACAGAUCCUCUGGAUGAUAGGAUUGUUGGUGGGAGUAAUUUUGGGUUUUGCUCCUCUUCUCUUCACUCGGAAGCCUUAGCCUGUUACUAUGCCUUGCAAUGGGCUUUAAAUGCAGGCAUUCAAUCGUUUCAUCUGUUUACAUAUUCUUACAAUCUGGUCACUCUUCUGCGCGGCGAUGGACGAGGGGAUAUCCGGUAUUUAUGGCUGGUGCAACGAAUCCAACGGGUAGGGUCUACCUUCCACCAGUGUAGUAUUUAUAAAGCUGAUCGGGCACGCGUUCACAGGGCGCACCAAAUUGCAGGGGAAGCUGCUGUCCAUCUCAUUUGCUUUAGCAGUAAUUUGUUUUAG